AAGUCACAAGACCCAAGUCAGCUGAAUUUUCUGUGUCGUAGUAGUGUGAAAAUCACUCGGUAAAUUUAAUAAAUUUUCAUAAAUUCUGUGCUCGAAUUUGUGCUCCAGAGCGACACCCCAUUUUGCAUAGGAUCCAUCUGUUUAGACAAGCCAGCACAAUGACUACCGCUUUGUAUUUGCCCGAGGAAAACAUCGACAUGAUUGCUGCCACCUCGGUGCUGCAGCAACAAGCAGCCGACAUUCGCACCAAAGCCAUCAACUGGGCCCCCUAUAUGCAGUCGCAGAUGAUCAGCGAGGAGGAUUACCGUGCCAUCAGCGCACUGGAUAAAUCACGCGCUGCCUACUUGGCCCAGAACUCCAGUCAGGUGGUCAAGACUCUGCUCAAUCUAGUCUCGCAUCUGUCCAAGGACUCCACCAUUCAGUAUAUUCUCGUAUUGCUGGACGAUUUGCUGCAAGAGGAUCGCUCACGUGUCGAUCUCUUUCACGACACGGCUGGCAAGCUAAAGCAGUGCAUCUGGGGUCCCUUCCUGAACCUACUGAAUCGUCAGGAUGGCUUCAUUGUCAACAUGGCGUCCCGGAUUCUGGCCAAGUUCGCCUGCUGGGGUCAUGAGACCAUGCCCAAGUCAGACCUGAACUUCUACUUGCAGUUCCUCAAGGACCAACUGGCCAGCAAUAGCACAUCCUAUCUGCAAGAGAUGGCCCAGCUGGCCAAGCGGACCCAGACCAUACUCGUGCACACACACGGACUCCAUGGCAAUAACAAAGACAACCAUGGCCACCAGUACAGUCCCAAUCUGGCGCAGCUCCAGCAGCAGCAUCAGCAAGAGCUGGUCGUCUCGUCCAACGAGAGCUAUCGGCAGGUGUCCAACAGCAACGAGCAGGCGCAUCAGCAGGAAGGCAAAUGUGUUAUACCGAACAACGAGUACAUUCAGUCGGUGGCCCGUUGCCUGCAGAUGAUGCUGCGCGUCGAUGAGUACCGAUUCGCCUUUGUGGGUGUGGAUGGUAUCAGCACUCUGAUUCGCAUUCUGUCGACUCGCGUCAACUUUCAGGUGCAAUACCAGCUGAUCUUCUGCCUGUGGGUGUUGACCUUCAACCCCCUGCUGGCCGCCAAGAUGAACAAGUUCAGUGUGAUCCCCAUACUGGCCGAUAUACUGAGCGAUUGUGCCAAGGAGAAGGUCACCCGAAUUAUUCUCGCUGUCUUCCGCAAUCUGAUCGAGAAGCCCGAAGACACGUCGGUGGCCAAGGACCAUUGCAUUGCCAUGGUUCAGUGCAAGGUGCUGAAACAGUUGUCCAUACUGGAGCAGCGUCGCUUUGACGAUGAGGACAUCACCGCCGAUGUGGAGUAUCUCAGCGAGAAGCUGCAGAACUCGGUCCAGGAUCUGAGCUCCUACGAUGAGUAUGCCACUGAGGUGCGCAGCGGCCGUCUGGAAUGGUCGCCGGUCCACAAGUCGGCGAAGUUCUGGCGCGAGAAUGCCCAGCGCCUCAACGAAAAGAACUACGAACUGCUGCGCAUUCUGGUACAUUUGCUAGAGACCUCCAAGGAUGCCAUCAUUCUAUCCGUUGCCUGCUUCGAUAUUGGAGAGUAUGUGCGUCACUAUCCCCGCGGCAAACAUGUCCUGGAGCAAUUGGGCGGCAAACAGAUUGUCAUGCAGCAUCUGGGUCACGAGGAUCCCAAUGUGCGGUACGAGGCCCUGCUGGCCGUGCAGAAGCUGAUGGUACACAACUGGGAAUACCUGGGCAAGCAGUUGGAGAAGGAAAACGAGAACCAGAAACAAGGUGCUGCACCCAUUGCUGGCAAGGCCUAAGGCCUCCCAAAUCCAACAUAACAUCCACAUGCACAAGGACACAACAAAAUUUGCAUACAUAUUUUUUAGCCAGGCCGCCAGCCUGCCAAAACUUAACCAACAAUAAGAGUUGUGGAGGGACUGAUGCUACCGCCUAGCAACACCUGAACACCAUCCCAUGCGAACCCCAUCCGGGCAUCCUCCACUUCUCCUCUCUCCACAUUUAAACAUGAUGUUUGUUCGUGCUACAUUUAAGCGCAUGUUUGUUCCCUGCUUAAACUAAGUUCUUGUUAGUCCCAUCCCCAAGCCCAGCCCUAUAGAACGUAUUGAGAGAACAAUUUGAUUUUUUUUGUUGGCAUUCCAAAAAGACAAUUCAAAUAGUGGCAAAGAAAAUACAGAUCCUCUACGAUUGUUCCAUUUAAUUGUUUACCUAUUUUGUUGUUAUUAUUAUUUGUGUUCUUAAUUUUUAUGUGUGCGCCGCUGUACAGAGUUUUCUUCUAAACCAGAUGAUAUGCACUUCUAUUGUAUUAUAAUCGCCUCAGCGCACCCACAAAACAAAAUAAAAAACAAAGACAAAAAAAAA